AUGGAAGCCCGAAGAUUUGAGUUAACACAGCCCGACCUUACACUCAUUCCACUUCAUUACAUCCAAAAGGGACUUCUCUUCCCAAAACCAUCUCAGCCCUUCACUCAAUGGAUCCAACGCUUGGAAACCGCUUUCUUCAAAGCACUCGAUAUUUUCUAUCCUCUAGCGGGUCGCCUAGUCAUGACCCAAAACGACGACGUUCAACUUACCAAAUCUUUCUUCACAGACUGCAACGGCGCCGGCGGUGCUUUUUUUAACCACGUCACCUUUGACGGCGUCACAAUGGCCGAUAUUCUCGGCCCGGUCAACAUCCCAGACGACGUCGUUUACUCUUUCUUUCCCUUAAACUUGGUUUGUAACUAUGAAGGAGUUUCGAAACCGUUGCUAGGAGCUCAAGUAACGGAGUUAGUUGACGGCGUUUUCAUUGGUCUCUCAGCGAAUCAUUGCGUUGCGGAUGGGACUAUGUUUUGGCUUUUCUUCAACACGUGGUCUCAAAUCUGUCGCCAAAACGGCGUCGUUUUAGACCCUCCACACCCAGUUUUCGGUCGUGACCAAUUCUUUGAAGGUAUCAACCCAGAUCUUCUUCCACUUAGAAUACCUUUUGAUCCAGAUCAAAAUAUAAACAACACUCGUAGCUCAACACCAAUCUCAUUAAAGCAAAGAAUGCUUCGCUUUUCAAAAGAAACCAUAGCCAAACUCAAAGCUAAAGCCAACGCUGAGAUAGUCGAUUUGUUAUCCACAAAACCCAAUAAUAAUAUAUCUUCUCUUCAAGCGGUGAUGGCUCACCUUUGGGUAUCCAUAACCCGAAACCGAAAUUAUCUAAAACCCGAAGACGAAGUGUGCUACAUUAUCGUAGUGGGUCUCAGGCCAAGAAUGGAACCGCCAUUAUCAGAAAUGUAUUGUGGUAAUGCCGUGAUGUUUGGGGCUGUGGAGACCACAGCGGGGAAGCUUCUGGGUAAGAAUGGAUUGGGGUGGGCGGCGUUGGAGAUGAAUAAGUUUGUGGCUUCGCAUACCUCGGAAAAGGCCCAAAAGUACUUGAAGAAUUGGGUGGAAGCCCCAGUGAAAAUAAAAAUAAAGAAAGAGUUAGGGUGUGAACUAAGUACUGGUAGUUCACCACGGUUCAAUGUUUAUGGGAAUGAUUUUGGUUGGGGAAGACCAGUUACUGUGAGAAGUGGUCCUGGGAACAAGUAUGAUGGAAAGUUGACUGUUUUUCCUGGCUCUGAACAGGGAAGCAUUGACUUUGAGGCUUGUCUUCGAGCUGAGACACUUGAAUCUAUGUUACUAGAUAAAGAGUUCAUGGAGACUCUAACAGUAUGA